AUGUCUUUCAUAGCAGCCUUUGUACUAGCAGCAGCUCUGAUAUCAACGAGUUCAGCUUUUCCCCAGAAAAAGCCAGAACCUGCCAAGAACUCCACCUCGGGCAUCUCUUCCCGAGCCGGAUUCCCCAACUCCUACCAGCGCUAUUUUGUCUACAACGACGAAGAGUUGACCUUCAUCGAGGCCUGUCAGAAGUGCCGAGCGCACGGACUCCGGCUGGCCUCGGUCCACUCGGCCCUGGAUGUCGUGAAGCUAGAGGCGGCACUCGCUCAGGAGGACAUCAGCCAGCGGGGACCGUGGUGGAUCGCCGGGACAGAUACGGGCAUGUCUGGAAGCUUCGAGUUGAUCACCGGAAAUCAACGGUUUGGCGCACGAUCCGGGUACACAAAUUUUGGCCCGGGAGAACCGAAUAACUUGGGUGGCGACGAGCACUGUAUGGAGGUGGAAGGUGGCUCCUGGGGAACGCUGUGGAACGUUGCGCUGUGUGACCAAAAAAAGAGAUACAUCUGCGAGCUGGAUAGUUCCCUGAAAACAUUUUAG